ACAUUAAAAUAGUGCAAGGUUUUUUAUUGAAUGAGUUUGACGUAUUUUUCCGAUAAAAGAAUUCGAUAUUAUAAAAUUUGAUUAAACCUUUUAUUGAAUUGUUUCUGAGCGAAAUGAUUAUUAUUUUUUAAUUCAAAUUUUUGAUAAAAAAAAAUUUAUAUUUAAUUGAAAUAUUGUGUUUGAUGUAUUAAUAGAAAAAUAUCAAUAAAAACAAUUCUCUAAAGUGAAAAAAUAUUUUUAUCAUUCAAAAAAUGAAAAAAAGAAGUAAAGAAAAUGUUCUUGAUAGUGAUGAGUGUAACGAAAUUGUGCAAAAAAAACUAGUUCAAGAUUGUAUGGAGGAUUAUUCGCUAAUCAGCUAUGAAAUAAUUCCAUUGGACAGUACUACAGGAUACAUGGGUGAAUAUUUUACUUUAAAAGCAAUUGUAGGUCGAAAGACAAAUCUUUCAGACAAAAAAACUCUUCAAUUUUUUGCUAAAUUACCUCCACUUACUGAUAGUCCACUUCAAAAUUUUAAUCUUGAACAAGGCUCAUUUAAAAAAGAAAUAGAUUUAUAUACUAAAGUAUUCCCUCAAUUGUUGACUGGUGAAAUGGACUUCAAUAUUCCUAGAUGUAUUCUUGGACUCGAUGAUAAUCUGAUAGUGCUAGAAGACAUGAGUACUCAGGGAUAUAAAAUGACUGACAAAUUUACACCUUUUGAUUUUGAUCAUUGUAAAAUUAUGAUGAGCACUCUAGCUAAAUUCCAUGCUAAGUCACUAAUAUUUGAAGAAGUUCAUAAAAAAAAUCUGAAUAAUGAAUUUUCUUACUGUCUGCAUGAGACCCUUUGGCCAACUCAAGACGGAUUAGCCAAAAAAACGUUUCAUGCUGCUGUGAAAGGAGUUAUUUCUAUGAUUGACUUAAUACCAGGUUUAAAGGGGUUGAAGAAAUCUCAAUUGAAAAAGAAGUUUAUAGAAUUAUCAACUCAUCAUGCGGAAAACUUGAAACCAUCAAAACACCAUCGAAAUGUUAUAUGUCAUGGUGAUUUGUGGGCAAAUAAUAUUCUUUUUCAGUAUGAUAAUCAAGAAAAGCCAAUUUCUUGCUGCUUGAUAGAUUUUCAACUUGCGAGAUAUAAUCCACCAGCUCACGAUGUCAUGUGUUUUUUAAAUUUUACCACAACAAGAGAAUUACGCAAAAACUGCAGCUUGGAACUUUACAAAAUUUAUUAUGAUCAACUGAUUCAGUCCUUAAAAAAUGCCAAAUUACAAAAUCUUGGCAUUAUUUCAUGGGAAGAUUUCAAUAUCUCUUUGAAAGAUCUUCGUCUUACACAUUUACUUCAUGGAAUUUUAAAUUUGAAUGUUAUGAUAUUACAUCCUAAAAUUUUGGGUGAAUAUUUUACGAAUCCUAAACUUUUAGAAGAAGCUCUCUACGUCGACAGAACACCUUUAAUUUGUGCACAAUUUCGAACCAUAAAAGAAUACAGAGAGAGAAUGAUUGAAAUAAUAUUUGAGUUACAUGAAGAAAUUCAAUUUACUCUGAAUGACUAAGUCAUUUUAACAGGUAAAAUUAUGAAAACUAUAUUUUUGAAAAUUAUAAUUAGAAAUUAAAACCAUUUUUUUGAUGAUUUAAUGUCAUUUUUUUAUAAGUAAUAUAUUAUUAACGCAACAGUUAUAACUAUUAUUCAUUUUCAUCAAAAAACAAAAUAGAGAUGAAAACCUUUCUCAUUUUAUGAAGGACUCCCAUGUAUUUAUGCCUAAUUCAAAUUAAGCUAUCAGGAACGACAUAUCAUCUAUAUCUUUUUAUGUUAAAGUGAAUAUUUUAGCACAAUAUCGGUCUCUUUUACGAUUACUUGAUAAAAAAAACGUAUGAUUGAUCCAUGAAUAAACUCUCAAUUUUUGCGCGACGAAAUUUCGUAUAUGACGAAUGAAGCAAUGAUGAUACUUUAAAGUAUGCUUAAUCGAAGGCCAACAAUCGCUUGUCGUGCAAAUUCUUAAUUUCAGCCCAUGUUUAUAUUAUAACAAGAAAAAAAUUUUGAAUUUAAAAAUUAUUCCCUGCAAAAAUCAUCUUAUCUAUGUAUGAAAAAGACAAUGAUCGGCCAUAUUAAAUUGAAAAACACCAUAUUGGAAGCCGUAUUGAUAAUGUAAGCUAAAUGUAGCUAAAUCUUCGAAUUCAGAUAUGCGUAAUUUUGAUUUAUUUAUUCUACUUUUUUUAUUGAGGUAUUGAUUUUGUUUUCUAGUAUCUGGAAUACUACUCAAUUCUGAUGAAACAGAGUUCGCGUAACAUACAGUCCUCAUUGGAAUUUUGUUUGAAUAAUUUUCAUUAUUGUUUUGAGCUGUACACUGAGGAAAAAAAAGGAUAAUACUCAGUUGAAUAAAUGCCACGCUCAGGAUUAAAAUUUCCCAACCAGCCUACUAUUCGGAUAACAAUAAAUGAGCACGUAAACGUAGUCUUGUUGAUACUCGAGAAAAUUCUACAUGGCAAUAAAACUGGCCUCAACUCCCAAAACUGACAAAAAAAAUUAUUCUCCUUCUAUUUAAAAGUAUGCAAUCUUUGGAUACAUUUGAGGUCCGUGCAUAUUUGAGUUUAGUAUUUUCUUAAACUUCUUUAAGGAACGAUCAAGUUGGUCAGUUUGUGUGAAAAACGAAGGAAUGUUUUUCACACAAACUGCGCUGAAACAUAAACUAAUAUUGAAUUAUUAGAUGUUAGAAUGGAAAAAAGUUUCAGAGCAAGACAAAGCUGAGUUAUGUGCAAUGAUGAAUACUUCAAAUAUUAUGUUGUUCAAAGAUUUUCUACCGAGCUAGUUAAUUACACUGCAACCAUCAUUAACAGUAAAAACAGUGCAUUUUGAAAGUAAUAAUAUUAGAGCAGGUGACAUUAUAAUAUUGCAUUUAGAAGAUGGGCCUGAAUUUUACAUUGUUCAUUUAAUAAUAAUCGAUAAACACGAUUUUUUUAUUAUAGGAAAGAUGUUGAAUGAUGUAGGUUUUAAUUUGCAUUUACAGUCACAUGAAAUAUUAUCGCCAUCAUUUUCAUGAAUUUGUAAAAAUAGUAAAGAUUUACAUGGUUGUAUUAAAAGCUACAUUGUAUGCGCCUCAAAUAUUUGUAAAUAUAUUGUAAAUAGAUAAGCUUAUGUAUUGUGUUUAAGAAAUUAUCAUAAAUUACUUGGUAAAAUUUACCCACACUUUAUGGUUAGUUUUUCAAGAAAAAUUGUCUCAGUGUAAAAGACGAAGAACAACUAUCUGUUAAACUGUUACGUAGUGAAAAUGAACUACUUAUGAUCCAUUCAAUCAACUGGAAAAUUCUUAUUUUGUAAGCUAAAUAAAGAACAACUAAUGUUCCUAAAGCAUACAUAGCGUGAGUUAACUAAGACAUUAUUUUUUCGUAAAGUGUUUUUGUGCGUUCACGAUUUCCUAUCACGGUUGCAUCUCUGCUUAUUUCGCUGAGUUUAGUUCCAUAUUUGGUUAGAUCUUCUAUUUUUACGUCAGGUGUCUCUAUUGAGUGAAUAAUUUUGAUAGUUUCAGGUUUUGGGGCCAAAUAUAACCCUUUGUCAUUACUUUGAAAUUGUAUCCAAACAGGGUUUUUUACGGCUGUAUAAACAUUAACAUCACUUACUAGUUAAAUGAUAGCAAAAUAUUCGAAUUUGCAGUAACAAUCAUCUCGCAUACCCAGACAUUGUAAAACUUUGACGAAACAAUCGAUAAUACCAAUUUUUCUAUUUUUACCAUCAUAAUAAUGAACUGCAGAAGUGUCAGUCUGCAUACGAUGUUGGUAUUUUUUCGCUAUAUAUAAUCUAUUCAUUUUGAGUUAUCUAUGAAACUCCCAUAUAGUAAUAUUAUUGAUUGUUUUCCCAAUGUUUGUAAACAUUUAUAUAUUCCCACUGAAUAUGUAUUAUUAUCUAUUUCUGUAUUUAUUUGAGAUUGUAUUUAUUAGUGCAGAAUUGUAAGACCAUAUAAUUUUGUAUACUAUC